AUGGUCAGUGUUCGAAGACGCAAACUUUUAGGGCUCUGCACUGGUACACGUUCCCCAGAAUGCGGCAAAAUCAGCCUGUCUCUGUUGGUUCAUUACUUUCAAAUGAAUUGUAGCAUCUGUUGGCUUUUUGUGUCGGUAUCUUCACUUUUAUCCUGAAUUAGUGUUUUUUUUCUCGAAAUAAGCUUUCGUUUCAGUUGACUACCUUCACAUCGUUCCUAAAAUCGAUGCCUUCAGCGCGUACCCAGUAAAAAAAUCAUUAUUAUCAGGAAUUCUUUUAAACGCGGGGAUGAAUUUUUCUUACACAGCUUCCUGAUCUUUGAAAAAAAGUCAACGGUGGGUCUGACAUGUUUCUACUUUUACAGGAAAAAGUGCCACUUCUGUCGAGCUCUCCACAUCUAAUGAGAACGAAACAAUUGUGGAUAGCCUAAAUGAGAACGUCAAGUCAAUUUCGGUGCAUCCUGAGGGGUCAAUUGAUUCAUACGAGCAGAAAGAGGUAUCCCCCAGUCUUCAGUAGAGGCUGCCCAAUUCAGUCUACUUAUACCGACUCGAAUCUUAUUUUUCCUUUAGUCUUAAUGAUUCGUUUUUCGGAGAGGGAUUUUAAAACAGUAAUUUUCGAUACAACAAGAUUUGCUUUUUUAAUUUCUUUUCUUCUGGGAUUGUACGAUCAUUUUAAUUGGUAUUAUAUCAAUUGGGUUUGCCAACUGUCUGUUUCUAUGAGUUUGACCAGUUUCUUGAGCUUUGGGACAUUUUGGUAUUUCUUGGGAUUGACCAGUUUCGUUCUGCUAGAAUCCUGCCAUGACCAGUCCAUUGCAAUCUAGCUCGAAGUCAACGCUUCCCUUCCUUUUUGCCCUUCCAGGGUCCGGUAUCAGAUUGAUACUUUUAUUUUGUGCGCCAUGAAUCAUGUAGUAUGAGCUUCCACAUUGAUUCGCAUAGUGAUUGCUUUAAAAAACUAUGAUUUUCACGAGGUUCUGAACUUCUAUGGCCUUCUCUUUCAACCAAACGAUCAUAAACGUGAAAUUUAUCUUUCCAUUUACCGUGAAAUUUAUCAGAGAGACGUGCUGCAGAUGUAGUUCUUCGCGUAUGCUUCGCCAUUUAAAGACAUCACAGGCCCUCGUUUGAAGAAAUGGCGUUAUUAAUAGGAAAAUCGUGAAGUUUUGUGCUCAGAUUUGUGUAUUAUAUUUUUUUUCAUCGAUAUUCAUUCCCUAUUAGGCUUAUGAUUCGGAUGACGAUGGCUAAUCUCAGAAGAAAUUCCUCCGCCAGUUGACUUGUAGGGUCUAUAGAACAAAGUCAAAGGGAGAAACUGUGCUAAAAUCUGGUUCUGCUCAUGAAUAAACCCACGUUAUUGUUCAGAUAGAAAAAAUUGCUUGAUUCCUGCCCACACACUCGUAUGUUCUUGUAUGUAUUGGGCUUGGGGAUCUCAUAUUUGAUAUUAUUCUGACUUUAUUACAUUCAGUGACGAUUGAUUCUGUCUCAACUCACAGGUCGACGUUUUAGAGGCAUUUCCUGCAUCUGCUGAUGUUUCUAGUUCUAGUUAUAUGAAAGAAGAGCCAGCCCUUCAAGAACAAGGUAGAUGGUGUUUCAUCGCGCUUUUUUUCCCGAUUAAUGAUCGCUUUUAAUGAGCUUCCAUUCGAUCGAUGGAAGAUUCCGAACGAAACAUUUUUCCAGUUUAAAACCCAGAAUCGAACCUAAAAUGCUGGAGAUUCCCUCACAGAGGAACACCUAUGGUCUGGGUUGACCUCUGAGAUCUCACACACGGGCCCGGCUUGACUGAAUUGGCCGGAUCAAAGAAGGAAAGUAGAUACUAAAAGCGAUGCGUUCUUGGUACCCCUGGUGUGGUUUUUUCUCUGAGAUCCACCGGUUACUGCUGCAGUUCCAGGGGUGAAACGCAGAAAGAGGCACAGGAGGAAGCACGUCGAGAACCAGGAACCCUGCACCAUGAGAGGGGUCUACUUCAAGAACAUGAAGUGGCAGGCGGCGAUCAAGGUCGAGAAGAAGCAGAUCCACCUGGGCACCGUCGGAUCGCAGGAGGAGGCUGCCCAUUUGUACGACAGGUAUCCGUGAACCGCUCCGAGAUCCUCCGCCGAUUUCGAGUCAUCCACUCAAGGAGAAUCGGCCAGAUUUUGACUCGGCCUUGUUGCCACCGCCCAGGGCCGCUUUCAUGUGUGGGCGGGAGCCCAACUUCGAGCUCUCGGAGGAGGAGAAGCAGGAGCUGCGCCAGUUCAAGUGGGAGGAGUUCUUGGAGAUGACUCGCCGGGCUAUCUCGAGCAAGAGUGAGCGGAAUCAUCAUCAUCAUUCUCCUUCUUCUUCCUCUGGGUCGCUGGCUUCUGCGAUUUUCUGGUUCUUGGUAGGCGAUGAUGGGCGAUGUUUUCUCUGCUGCAGAGCACCAGCGGAGGGUCGGCUCUGGGCCUCGGAGGAAGGCCGGAGCACAGCCGCAAAGCGACGGGGAGGACGCCAGAGCGGCUUCAGCGUCGGACGAUGUUGACGGCGACAGGUGA